AUGGCCGCCCGCUCCAGCGCGUCGCUAUUUUUCGCCUGCUUGACGCUUCUAUCGGCCAAGCCGUGGGACUGGAACCCGGCCGAUGGGCAGUUCGACUGGAACACGGCCGGGGACCGCCUUUGCAAGCUUGGAGACAGCUACGAUCGGACGGCGGCUGAUUGUCUAAGGAGGGCCGCUGACCCCUUUGCUGACGUUCUGCAGCUAGCUUCAGAUAUGGGCGAGAUCUGGUCGAUGAUCGAUCUGCGCACGCUGCGCUCGCCGGGGCUUGAGGUGGAGACGCUGCGGACUUGUAUUCUUACAGACAAUUUCCCCACCGAUCUCUUCCAAGUGACAAGUCAGGCGCCGAAUCGGCAGCAAUUCUUCACGACGACACUGACGAGAAUGCGGGCUACGGUCAAGCGCUGCUUCAGCAAGUUCCCGUGCGGCCGGAAA